AUGGGAGCCCUCCUGAGCAAGGGCAACAGCGCCCCUUACACGCCUACACAUCUCGGAGGGGUGCUCUCGCAAGGUAGAACGAAUGGCAACUCGCUUUUGGGAACUCUUGGGGCUCCUCUUUUGCCAAACUUUUUGAAUGAAAAUCCUCUUCCCAACGGAUGCCCAUGGAGCCUGCUCGACCCCACGACGGACUACUACCGAAGCUAUCCACGGACCGGCGUAAUUCGCUCAUAUGACUUCACGCUCAGUCGAGGCCGCCUUGCGCCAGACGGCUACGAGCGCGAUACCAUCCUGAUCAACGGCGCCUUUCCAGGGCCCCUGAUAGAGGCGAAUUGGGGCGACACCAUCCAAGUCACGCUGCACAACAACAUAACGGACCCGAGCGAAGGCACGGCACUACACUGGCACGGGUUCCUGCAGCACGAUAAACCAUGGGAGGACGGGGUCCCGGCCGUGUCCCAGUGCCCGAUCCCCCCCGGCAGGAGCUUCACCUACUCAUUCGAGGCCGAGCUCUACGGUUCCACCUGGUACCACUCGCACUACUCGGCUCAGUACGCGGCGGGAAUCUUUGGUGCCAUUGUGAUUUACGGCCCGACGACGGAAGAGUACGACGUCGACGUUGGGCCGAUUUUGCUGUCGGACUGGUACCACCGGGACUACUUCGACUUGGUCAAGGAGACGCUCAAGCCCAACAGCCGGCCCAUCCUCUCGGACAACAACAUGAUCAACGGCAAAGCAAACUUCGACUGCUCGACCCUGCCGCCCGACGACAAGACCCCCUGCCACCGCAACGCCGGCAUCGCCAAGUUCAGGUUCCAGCGCGGCAAGACGCACCGCCUGCGCCUCAUCAACGCGGGCUCCGAGGGGCUGCAGCGCUUCUCCAUCGACGGACACACCAUGACGGUCAUUGCCAACGACUUUGUCACCGUGGAGCCCUACGACACAAACGUCGUGACGCUGGGCAUCGGCCAGCGGACAGACGUUCUCGUCAAGGCGUGCGGCGAGCUGGACGCGUACUGGAUGCGCAGCAACAUCUCCGACCGGUGCAGCCUGGCCAGAGACCCCCUGGCCUACGCGGCAAUCUACUACGACGACGCGGACGAGUCGCAGGCGCCGCGGUCGCAGGCGUGGCACGCCCCGGACCCGGGCACCUGCGCCAACGACGACCUGCGCCUCACCAAGCCCUACAUGAAGCGGCGACCGAUGGAGCCCGACCUGACGUACGACAUGGAGGUCAAGCUGUUCCGGAACGCGAGCGGCAUCACGCUGUGGUCGCUUGACGGCGUCGACUACCGUGGCAAUUACAACAGCCCGACGCUGCUGCUGAGCGCGCUGGGCAACCACACGUUUGCCAAGGAGUGGAAUGUGAAGAACACGGGGGAGGCAAGGAGCGUGCGCGUCGUCGUCAUCAACGACACGCCUGUUGCGCACCCGAUGCACCUCCACGGCUUCAACAUGUACGUCCUCCACGAAGGACCAGGCCAGUGGGACGGGACCAUCAUCAACAGGGACAACCCGCUGCGGCGCGACGUGGUCAUGAUGCGCGCGCACGGACACCUGGUCAUCCAGUUUGACGCGGCGGACAACCCAGGCGUGUGGCCCUUCCACUGCCACAUAGCGUGGCAUGUGUCGGCCGGGUUUUUCGCCCAGUUCCUCACGAGCCCGGACCGGGUGGCGGAGCUGCACAAGCGGAUGCCGCAGGUCGUGGCCGAGACGUGCCGACAGUGGGGGAAGUGGACAAACACGAAUAUCCCGGAUCAGAUUGACAGCGGGUUGUGA